GCAGGGCAGUUUGCCGUCACUAAUGAACGUUUGUCACUUGCCUCGGGUGGCUUGGGUUGGAACAAGAGCGUAAGGAGGAGGAGAAAAGAAAGGGAGGUCGAGGAAGAGAAGAGGGGUUGUUUGUCAGAAACGUCCGGUUCCUUCAGAGCCUGCAGCCACGACUUUAGGACCUAUACCCACGACUUUAGGACCUACACACGCGACAUUAGGACCUACACCAACGACUUUAGGACCUGCACCCACGACUUCAGGACCUACACCCACGACUUUAGGACCUACACCCACGACUUUAGGACCUACAUCCACGACUUUAGGACCUGCACCCACGACUUUAGGACCUACACCCUCGACUUUAGGACCUGCACCCACUAA